UUCGGCGCAGUCCUCGGCUGUGGGGGGGGGCCGGAAGCGGUCAGGGGGGAGUUGCAGCUGGAGUGAAGCCUUCUCAGCUGGGCGGUCUUGGGCCCGUCUCGCCGCCGGCCCAUCGCCUCCCGGAGCCGCAGAGCGGAGCCAGCCCCGGGCAGACAUGGAUUUCCGGGAGAUCCUGAUGGUGGCGUCUGAGCAACAGGGGCUGAGCGCGGUGUCGAAAAGAUACAGUUUGGCAGUAGGCCCUCCCAAAAAAGAUCCAAAAGUCAAGGGUGUCCAUUCUGCAGCAGUGCAAGCUUUUCUGAGACGGAAAGAAGAAGAAAGUAGGGGAAAAGAACUAGAGGCAAAAAGGAAGAAGGAGGAACUUCUAGCUAAGCGUAUUGAACUGAAACAUGACCGAAAAGCAAGAGCUAUGGCUUCACGGACAAAGGACAACUUUUAUGGCUAUAAUGGCAUUCCUAUUGAAGAGAAGCCUAAAAAGAGGCAGACUUGUGAAAAUGUCGAUCGAUGCACAGAUGCAGAAUAUAUGACAGAAGAUGAGGCAGAGCAAUUUGAAUACAGUCAGACUGAAUCUGAGCAUGAACCGGAGGAAUAUGAAGAGAAACCAUCCAAAGCUGCAGUGAAACCAAAGGCACCUCCCAAAAGUGCCCCUACCCCUAUGAACUUUGUAGAUCUUCUGAGGCUGGCUGAAAAAAAACAGUAUGAACCAGUAGAAAUAAAAGUAGUGAAAAAGACAGAAGAAAGGCCAAGAACAGCAGAAGAAUUGAGAGAGAGAGAAUUUUUGGACCGGAAAAACAAAAAAGGGGAAAUCCAGAAAGAGAAGAAAAAACCUGAAAAAGAGAUUAAGAAUGUAACUGCAUCAAAUUCUUCAAAUAAAGUGUUUUCUCAUAAAGACUUUAUAAAUGCAAAACUUAGCAAAAACUCAGUGAAUAAACAUUCCUCUUCAAAAGGUAGUUUCCCCUCUCAGUGUGGUGCUGAUAAGAAAUCCAGUGGGCCUGUGUUUAGCGACAAACAUGCAAGGUCAUCAUCUUCCUCCAAAUCCACUCAAGUGGAAAAAGCAAAAGUCACACAAAAUGGAUCUUUAAAAAGCUCAUCGAGUGGCAUCCAUAGUAAAUCUUCAGUCAAUGGAGUAGGAAAAUUUGGGUCAAGCACUCAUACACCAAACUCAAAAGCACCUGCUAAUGGGGCUCAGAAACUACAAUCUGUUAAAGAACUUAGUCUGAAAAAAUCUACUUCUGUCCAUACAAAACUGGGUAGUGCAACAUCCCCUCAGCAUGAAAUAGUUAAAAAUUCCAGCUCUGGGCGGCCGGGGAGCAGUGCGGGGUCGGGCGGGCCGGGCGGCCGGGGAGCAGUGCGGGGUCGGGCGGGCCCGGGCGGCCGGGGAGCAGUGCGGGGUCGGGUAGGCCCCGGGCGGCCGGGGAGCAGUGCGGGGUCGGGCGGGCCCGGGCGGCCGGGGAGCAGUGCGGGGUCGGGCGGGCCCGGGCGGCCGGGGAGCAGUGCGGGGAUGUGCGGGCCCGGGCGGCUGUCCAGCAGUGCGGGGACGGGCGGGCCUGGGCGGCCGGGGAGCAGUGCGGGAAUGGGCAGGCCGGGGAGCAGUGUCGGGAUGGGUGGGCCCGGGCGGCCAGGGAGCAGUGCAGGGAUGGGGGGCCCUGGGCGGCCGGGGAGCAGUGCGAGGAUAGGACCUGGAAAGUCAGUCAAUUCAAGCGUGGAACCUGGGCGACCAGGCAGCGGCUCAGCUGCACCUCCAAAACCUAAGUGCACUGUUGUAUCAGAAACAAUCUCAUCUAAAAAUUUAGUCUCCAGACCAAGUAAUGUACCAAUGAAUGGAACGAGACCUCCUCCAGGGCAUAGACCAGUGUUUCAUCCACAAGGUCUUCCAAGGCCUUCUCUUCCACCUAUAAGUUAUAAAAGGCAAAUAGAAGAUGAUGAGGAAUAUGACUCUGAAAUGGACGAUUUCAUUGAUGAUGAAGGGCAACCCCAGGAAGAAAUAUCAAAACAUAUUCGAGAAAUAUUUGGCUAUGAUCGGAAUAAAUAUAAAGAUGAAAGUGAUUAUGCCUUACGUUACAUGGAGAGCAGCUGGAAAGAGCAACAAAAAGAGGAAGCCAGGAGUUUGAGACUUGGUGUCCAAGAGGACCUAGAAGAGCUGAGACGUGAAGAGGAGGAAUUGAAACGUAAGAAGCAGGCAAAGAAGCUGAGGACACGUUAACUGAUUUACAGUGGUUUCGUUCUGUUUUUCUACUGUCCUGGUCACCCCUUUGCCUCAAUAUUUCAGCUCCUCUUAUAGUAUAACUUUAGUUUUUAUUUGCUUAUUGGUGAGCAAGAAAAUAUGUAAAGGGAGGAGAGGGCAUAGAAAAACAUGGCUUUAGUUUGACCCUAAAAUAUUUAUUUUUAAUACUUGCCAGGGUUAAUUUUUUACAAAAAGAAACUAAUGCAGAUUUUUGGAAUAAAAGCUAUUAAUGAAUGUUUCCAUUGACUAAAUUAGUUCAAAAUGCCAGCAGAAAUAUUGACUAACUAUGCACUGGCUUGCAAGAUUUAUGUGGGCCCAUACACCAGUAAAUCAGACUUGCAUUCUACAUUUGACAUGUGGGGAAAAAAAAGAUGAAUGCCAUUUAUGUUCCUUAGUUAUUUUUGAGAGAUAAAAGUACUGCUUUAUGUCUUAAAUCUCCUGAAUUAGGAUCCCUCAAAAUAUUGAAAUAUCUUCUGUUCAAAACAGCUUGGUUGUAAAUUUCAGCCAUUGCCAGUAAUGUUUAAAGCAAUAAAAUAUGUUUUUCUGAUUUGAGAACCUUGUGUCUUAACAAAAAUAGUAAUUAAACAAACAGAAGAACCUUUAAUUUCUAAAAAAUGCUUGUCAUUCAUUAUACCUUGCAUUUAGCAGUGUGACCAAGUUUACAUUGGCAUUUUUUAUGUCUGGAAUGUCAAUGCCAACCGAUUUCAGUAAAACACAAAUAAACAUUUUUCCUGGAAAAUAGGAAUUUGCAACGUUUGUAUAUAACUAGUGCUUUUUAGCUCAAGCAAAUGCUUAGGAAUUUUUUUUUGCCCUGUAAAUCUUAAAAUUGAUCUUAGUUUCAUCUGUUUUUACACAUUGAGUGUACAGUACACUUUUUUGUUUUCUCUUGUAUUAAAAAUCAGGUUUUUUUUAAAUAUGAAGCAGUUAUUUAUGCAAGCAGUUCCAAAGUCUGGAAGAGUACAUUAGAAUGAAGUUGUGUGAAAUACAGAAUUUUCAGAUAUUUUUUUAUGAUCAAGCCAAGAUGCAUUUGCAAUUCCUCUGUGAUAUCAAAUAACUUUGCAGUUGUCAUGCUGAAUUUAACUAGUGAAUACUUCUGAUUUAAUUUUAGCGAACCAAAAAUUUAAAUGUAAUGUGUAUCAAGAGAGUUCCGCCCUCUAUUUUGAUGUCCAUACUGCACCUUUAUUUCAAGCUAUGCACUACAAAGAUACGUUUCCUCUCAGUAAAUAAGCGUGUAAACAGUAGGCACACAGUUCAUCUAAAUCUGCAGAGAUUGCACUCUGGGUUCACAGCCCUAAUCUAAUGAUGCAUUACUUUUUAUCCCACAAGCUACCAUAGUGUGUGGUCUAAUCAAAGAACCAGUAUCACUACUCUACUCUGCUUCAAGCAUUAGCUCUCCAUUAGUAGUACUUCUACCAUUAGAUACUUGAACUGUUGCUAACCUCUAAUGCUAGAACCAAUUGGCAAAGUGUUACAAGGUUAUUGGGGGUAAGUGGAAGAGACUGGCCAAGGAAUAAGGAGGAGGUGGGGGAAGAGAAAUUGCAUGCAAAAUGGGUAGAUACACAAGGACGGAGGGAACUUAGCCUAUCAGAGAGCAUUUCUUGUCAUUGCUGUCUCCAGAAACACCAAUUCUAGCAUCAAAGUGGAAGGGCCAAUAUUGGCAGCAGGUGACCUGACUCACUGUAAGGAAAAAAAGGGACAUUGUCCCUAUUAUAAACUGUUUUGGGCAGUGGUGAAUCAGUCCAUCUUUUCAACACACUGCUAAAACGAAUGAACCCUUUGGAUAGUAAUUGACAGAGAUACCCAAAUUAAGGUAAUUACCAGUGCACCUAUGUAUUUUUUUUAAAACUGUGUAUAUUGUAUAACAUAAAAACUGAUCCAGCUCUAUUGUACUUGAUAUAUAUAUAUAUCAAGUACAAUAGAGCUGGAUCAGUUUUUAUAUUAUGCAAUAUAUUUGAGAUGAUGCAAGAUACUGUAACCUGAUUGGUUGAUUAUUUACAUGCCAUUGUAUGUUUGCUCUAAUUAAUGGGACCAGCUGAAUUGAUUGCUGUAGUUUCUAGAAUUAUCCACUCAAGACAAUGACUGAAUGUUGAGACCAUGACCAAGUGGCUAUUCAUUUUUUUAAACUGACUUGAACCUCUAGAUCUUUGUCAGCCCAGAUAACUAUAUUAGCCACGAACAAUCAUCUGAAUUGUUGAAAAAAACUUUGGAAAUGAAAAAAUGUAUUCACUGUUUGAUCCACUGAAAUUUUUAAAAGUGUGUAUUAGAAAAUGACACUUCUAAAACAUUCAGUUUAGAGUUAAAUCUGCAUUUCAGAUAAAAAUAGGUGAAAUAAAGCCCUGAUUAUCCUUUUUUUACUUAUGUAAUUGGCAGAGAGAUGCUGUAAUUAACCACUAUUACAAGAUUAGUUCAACUCUUUUAUCUUGAAAGCACUGUGUUGUCGUUUGUCUUGUACAAGAUGACUGGAAUAUUGUCUCCAUUGCCAGCCUUCCUCAAACACAGUACACCUUGUGCUGUAUUUGUUCCCUCAUAAAAUAAUCAUUGUUUAACAUUUUUUUUUGAUAUUUCAUAUAGAAAUUUAAUUCACUCUUUGCAGUCAAAUACUUUCUCAUAGCUAGUAUGGGUUACUAAUGAUUUUUCAAACUUUGUACAAGUUACUAGAUUUUAAUUAACCUGUCUUUGUACAUUUACUGCAUUCUUACUGCUUGUAAAUCAGCUAGGACAGUACUAAAAAAAUAUUUUAUAUCCAAAAAUCUGUUUACUCUCUACCAGAUAAUUAAUUUUAUUUUGUUAAAGUAGUCAAUAUCUGAUGAGACUUCAAAAGACUUUGAAGUAAAAAACAAACAAAAAAAACCCACUGCCUAUUCCUGCUUAUAAGGAUUACAUGUUAAGCUAGUGACGUUCAUUAUAAUUAAACUUUUAUUUUGGUUUUUAGAUUUUAAAUUCAAUGUUUGAAGAUGUGCCUUUUUUUUACUAAAUUGGGUCUAAAAAAUCUAUUCAUGAAUGUAAGAGUAUAAAAAAGUAAAGAUUAGUCUGUUUCUGCUAUCACGGAUGACAGAUCUUUAAACUUGAUAGUCUGAAAUGAUUAGUUUUCAUAAAACCCUUCUAGGUCAGGCUUCGACUGCACAAUUAUAGUAGCUAUUUCUUUACCUGUAUUACUAAAAGAAAUUAAGGGCACUUUGUAUUAGACUUUUUGAAUUUACAAUUCAGCUGUGCUUACGCAUCACAGGACUGUCCUUGGGAGAUCAGGGUAGUGCAUCACAGGAAGCCUUAGUGUGCAAUUCUGUGAUGUGUUUUAAAGUAGAAAUCUUUCAAAGUAGAUGAAAUCUCUUCACUGGAGUCUGGAAUUAUUUUUGUGUAAACCCCAAAAUUGUGCAGGAAAACUUUUUUUUUUCUCAUUUUGAAACCUGACUAGUAUCUGAAGUAUAUUUCCCAAUACAGCAGGAGACCAAAACAGAGAGAGAAAAUAUAUGGAGAGAGACUGGUGAUUAAAUUGUGAUGAAUAUACUUGACUUUUAUUUAUUCCGGUGCGUGUGAUGCAAUAUUGAAUUGUCUGUGUAAUUGAAUGCUUUCUAGUUUAGCCUAUGAUUUUCUUUGGGGGUUUCAUUUGUGCACAGUGUCUUUUUACACAAUGUGACAAAUCAGGUAAAAACGUACAUAGCUUAACUGUUUUCUGGGUGCUGUCAAGAAAGUGUACACUUUUGCACUUGCAGAAUGCAAAUAAAAGUUUUGCAUAUUAUGUAUAUAAUAAAUUACAGGUAUUAAACAUUUUAUUUAUCUUUGUCA